UAAAAAAAUGCAAUAACUCAAGGGGUUUUGAAAGUACUUUUAUUAGUAAAAGUAGGAAAAAUAUAUAAUAAAUAUAAUAAAUUCAAAUGCAUAUACAGUAAUAAAAAUAGGAAACGAAGGGAAAAUAAAUAUAUGAAGGUACAGUACAUAUAGUAUAUACGUGAUUUCUAAUACGCUGACGUUUGAUCUUAUUUUGAUAGUCUAGCACGGUUGAUAUUGAAAGAUUCAGACGACAAAAAGUCCCGACCACUACAGAUUUUAUACUGUACUGUAGUUGUGGUGGUGAGAAUUUGGUUGUACUUUAGGCCUCUUCCUCUGGGCGUCGCUAUUUUAAAAUGAAAUUUAAACGUCAGGUAGCAACAUCCAAAUACGUGUAGGUUGUGAUGUAAAACGACUGAGUCGAGACUGGUGUUGUUUAUCCAGAGGAAAAUAUAGGAAGGAUGACUUUCUUUUCCUGCCAAAAAAAUAACAAAGAACAGAACAGAGGAAAAAAAUCCUGCAAAAUAAAUAGAGAGAAUAUGUAUGUAAUUUGCAGAGAAAAAAGAGCAUGAGAAUUAACUUGAAAUAAAAACAAAUUUUAAAAAGAGAAAAACACACUGUGCAUGUCUAUAGUAUGCAGUAAAGCUGUCAAUCUUUGGUUUCUUUCUACAGAAAACAAAUUACUCAAGAUAAUGAAAUUAAAUAAAUACAGAAUUUAUUUUCUUCCAUUUCUUACUCAGAGCUAAAGAGAGAACUCAUUUUAAACCACCUUAACAGACUUUAAGACAAACACACAAUUUUAUAUCACACUAACACUCACAAAGUGUUUGGCAGAGGACCUCCUGAGACGGAGCAUUUCAUCUAUGAGAUAAAACAGAGCUGAACAAGACUGUAAGGUUGCCAAUAGAGAGUACGUAGAGGGAAAAUGAGAAAGAGGGAGGUGGAGAGCGAGAGAGGGAGAGAGGCAGAGAGAGGGUUGAGGGAGAGAAUAGUGGGAGACAGGAAAAAACUGCAGAGGGAGGGAGAAAGGGUGAUGAUAAAACUCCACCGUGAUCCCUCCCGUAAGAUUAGUCAGACAGCAAGGGUGCAACUGAGACCAGAGGCACUGGAGAGAGCAACCAGGAGAGACCUGCUACAAAUCAAAUCUCUGCACAUGGCCUUUGACCUGAUGAACUGCUGGGAGAAUCAGUAGCAGACUGUAGCAGCCGACAGGGACGACAGCAGGCUGCUACCUGUAAAGAACCAAGAAGAGAAAGAAGAAGGAAGUCAAGAAGGAAUUAAAGAAGAAGAGAAAGUGGAAGAAGAAACAUCUGAUGUCUAUCUCCUCCUGGCGUUGUCUCUCUUUGCACCACUGCAGGUUUAUGGCGUGCCAGCUUUUGUACUGAUUUGCAUCAUUUGACAAAAGUCCAAUUUUUCCUAAAAAAAAAAAAAAACCCUGCAGAUUCUUUGUCAACCAAACCACUUCACUGGGGACUGGAGCCAAAGUUCAUUGUAGGAAACAGCAGAGGAGAGAAACAGAGGAAGAGCUGAAGGAAAAAAAAAAGAAUAUUGCAUCCAUCUCUCAGAAUCCCACAGCCCACCCUCAAUUUUUGGAGACCCCCGCCUUUCUGCCCCUUCCUUUGCCCCCCCGUGCCCCCUGAACAACCCCCCAACAGAGCAGAAAGCGUGAAAAAUCUCACUAAUGGGUUUAUUUGCUGUCAGAUCUGCGCUGAUCUGUCAUUCCCUUGGACCAUUCUGCUUGACACAUUUCAUAGUUGAGUAAACCUCCUGGCUCUGUGUCUUGACUUAACACUGCCCCUGCAUCGCUGUACUGGCUGAGAGCUCAUCAAGAGUGGAGCAGCAGCAGCAGCAGCAGCAGCAGCAGCGGCAGCAGCAGCAGCGGCGGCAGCAGUCAGUCAGUCCUGUCAGUCUAUUGGAAGCUGCAUUCCUCCGGCUGCCUUCUCCCCUGUUGGCUCUUCAGCUUCUGUGUCAGCAUCCUCAGCCUCAGCUCCAGGCGUUCCAGGUUCUCUUUAUUUUGGACUGUGAAGAAGACGAAGAAGAAGUGAGAAGAUGUGGUGGUGUGGGGCCGGGCCUCUGGCUGUGGUAGCUGCAGUGUUUUGGACUCAGUGUGUCCUACUGAAUGGGGUGGAUGCCAAGAAAGACAGAAAGAGGCCAAAGGAGACCACCCCACAGCACACAGAGACUUACAAUUCAACCCUGUCCAACAGCGAGGAAAUUGGUGGAAGCAAGGUCUCUGAGCACCAGAGAGUCGAUCCACUUGGAUCAUGGAUGGACUUUGUCAAAAGGCCUGUUGGAAACUUUCCCGCAAAGUGUCGCAAACGCAAACGUCCACUGCCCGGCCCACCGGGUCCCCCGGGUCCCCCGGGCCCACAAGGACCUCCUGGCUCACCAGGCGCUGAAGUGACCCAGGAAGUUCUUCUCCACGAGUUCAAAGAAAUGAUUAAAGAGGCUACAGAGCGAAGGACAGCGGCCCUUGAGAAACAGACCAGCCCCAGUCAGCUACCGACUGCCCUCCUCACCCUGGAGGGUAUGACCUCCUACAGGCGAAUAGAGGAGGCUUUCCACUGCAAGCUCAAAGGACCAGUGGUGGUGGAUAAGAAAACGCUGGUGGAGCUCCAGAACUUUCAGACACCUCCAGCUAAAGGUGCGUUCAUCAGAGGCUCAGGAAUGGACCUGUCUACAGGAAGAUUCACAGCUCCCAUCACAGGAAUCUACCAGUUCUCUGCUAAUGUCCACAUUGACCACAAUGAGGUGAAGAGGAACAAGAGUCAACUGAAGGCCCGGGAGAACGUACGGGUUUUAAUCUGCAUCGAAUCCCUCUGUCAUAGAUACACGUCAUUGGAGAUGAUCGUUGGAUUAGAGAGCAACAGCAAGAUAUUCACCGUUAGCGUUCACGGACUGCUGGAGCUACAGGUGAGCAACACACUGACCGACCGCAGCGACUGUGUUGGAGUAAGAUCUGUGACUCAACUCUGGCUGUGUUUAUUUCCCUCACAGACUGGACAGUACACCUCCAUAUUUGUGGAUAACGCUGCUGGAGCUUCCAUCACAAUACAAAACGGCUCCGAUUUCAUGGGCAUGCUGCUGGGUGUAUAGCCUCUGGCUGGGAAACCGCCGCUGUCUGGGCUUUCCGCUGCUGGCGCCGUUAAUUUUAAUUUACACAAACUAUUUACAAGUAGCAUCACUCAGUAUUCAACCACAGGGGACGUUUGAAGGAAGGAAGAGUGACAUUGACUCGACUACUCGUCAAAAAGGUGAAGGACCCUGUGAAGACUAAAGGUUCCUACAGUGCACAACAACUCUCUCUCCCUUGAUGAACUCGGUUGCCGGUCGCUAGAGCAAAAAUAUCCUUGUAUUUCAAGCAACGAGUUUGUCUAUUCCCCGAUAGAUAGAUACGGUACUUCAAGUGUGGUAAAUGUACAUGUUCUACGUUCUCUACGUGGCCCGCAGAAGAUGCAGAGAACAUCAAAGAGUUUCUGAAUAAAUAUAAAGUGACAUAUAUGUAAACUGACAUGUUAUUUGUCCACACGGCUUCCUGUACACACACGGUUGGUAGUUUCUUGUUUUUUCUUAUCCUACAUUUAAAUUAUAAAAUAUUUAGACUCUGUGAGUACACUGGAUGGUCAAAAUAUGCCUGAAACAUAUUUAGCUUACAGACCCGCCGGCUGAGUAUGUGUGCUCACAAAUACACAGUAGAUAAACGAUGCUGUUGUACACUGUUUGCUUUAUGAUGUUAUGAGCAGAUGAUACGCUAAAAGAAAUAUUUUUUCUGGGGAUUUCUAUUGGAGGCUGUACUGUGUGGUUAGUUGUCCAUGAGUACUGUCAUUUUUAAAUCAGAUAUAAGACGGAAAACUCAACUAAGGUUGAAAAAACGGAACCUUAUGCAGUGAGUAUCUAAACCAUGCUUUUGGCCUUUGAAUGUGCUCAUAAUAUUAAUACAUGUACAAUUCAACAUGAACCCAUUCUGAACAAGACAAUAACCUACAGUAAUGAUAUCAUUAAUGGUAACAAAACAAAAUAAGAGUUGAUUAAAUGUCUUUUCUUUUCUAUUCUUUUUUUAGUUCUCUUUUUCUAAAAUAAUAAAUAGAGUUGAUUAAAUGUCUUUUCUUUUCUUUUUUUUUGUUCUCUUUUUCUAAAAUAAUAAAGAGCAGUAUGUUUCAUUGUAUUUGUAAUUAUAUUAUGAGCACAUUUAGGUUCAACAAGUGGUCCAACCAGGAGGAAAUAUCAGGUUACGUUGUAUCACAUGUGCUUAGCAUCAAUAGUUCUUUAAUAUUUUAUCACCAAUGUAAACAAAUCCAGAUACGACUCUGACUGUAAACUAGCUUUAUGAAUAAUUCGGGGUAACAUCACAUUUGUUUGAAAUGCCUUUUGAUAUGGUGUAUGUUUUUUU